AACUUGAAUACAGUUUGUUUCUCUGCUUAUUGUAAAUACAACGUGACUGUGAGUGUACGACAUGGCAGCCUGGACAGUUCUGAUACUCUUGGUGUGCGAGGUCAUCACUUUGCAAGGGUCAAAGGCCCAGGAAUGCGGGGUGGCACCUCUCAAUACGAGAAUAGUGGGUGGUCAGAAUGCCACAGCUGGGUCAUGGCCCUGGCAGGUCAGUCUACACCUCACAUUUCAUAUCUGUGGAGGGACCCUCAUCAGUGACCAGUGGGUACUAACUGCAGCCCACUGCAUUGUAACAAAUACACUUAGUGAAUGGACUCUCUACUUUGGAAGAGAGACUCAGGCUGGCCCUAAUGCUCAUGAAGUGAGUCGGCGUGUGUCCAAGAUCAUUGUCCAUCCAAACUUCAACAAUACAUUUUUGAACAAUGACAUUGCCCUAAUGCGGCUCAGCAGCCCCAUCACUUUCACUGACUACAUCAGACCCAUCUGCUUGGCGAGUAACUCCAGCCAGUUCUACAACUCCACAUCCUGCUGGAUCACUGGCUGGGGCAAACUUGGAAAAAAUGAGGUUUUGCCAAGUACUACACCACUCCAAGAAGUUCAGGUUCCUGUUGUUGGAAACAAACAGUGCAGUUGUGACUACAUCCCAGCACCAGAAACAAACAUCACUCAGCAAAUGAUUUGUGCGGGACAAGCGAACAAAGGAGCAUGUCAGGGGGACUCUGGUGGACCUUUGCAAUGCAAACAGGGUUUAAAGUGGAUCCAGGCUGGUAUAACCAGUUUUGGAAUACCUUGUGCCCAGGCAGGUUUCCCUGAGGUCUAUGCUCGUGUGUCUGAAUUUCAGACUUGGAUCACAGAUCAAGUGGGAGGGGCAAAUGCCAGCUUUGUGACCUUCACCUCUAGUGGCACCGACCAAGACAGCAGCUUCGUGUGUCGCAGCACCAACUCCACCACCAGCCCAAACUCUGGAAAUUCUGUCAAGCUGGCAUCUGAACUUGCGUUUGUUAUCAUCUUAGUAAAGAUGUUGAUUGACUAUAUAUCAGUGCUGUAGAGCAGUUUAACACUAAAAAUUAUGCCUGUUAUACUCUGUUUUACAAAGUAUUUUCAUUCUUAAACAUUUAUAAACAAAUAUUACUUAAUAACAUUGUAGCUUGGGUUAAUUGAUUUGGGUGUUAGUUUUCUUUGAUUUAACAUCUUUCAUACAUCUCUAAUUUUUCUUUUGUUAAUCAGUUUCUGAAACCAUUUAAUAUGCAGACAACAAGGUGAAAUGAAGAAGUUAUUCUCUGCUGUUGUUACAUUUAAGUAAUUAUUAUUUAACAUUGUGCGUAAGAAUGAAAGAGAGAUGCAGAGUUAUAUAAAUAUGUCAUAAUCCGGGGCUGGUGGCCCAGUGUUUUGUGUUCUUUUGGUUAUGUUUUGUUAUAUCUCUGAUUGUAUUUAUUUGGUUUCUUUCAUGUCGGUCUUCAGUUUGUUAUGGUUUUGAGUUUAGUUAGGAUUUUGUAUCCUUUCCUUGUUGUGAUGUAUGAACCUAGAGAUGUCCUACCAAUACUUACCACCAGAGGGGCAGACCGCCACUAGGGCAUACAGGGGUUCUGAAUGUAACCAUAGCAACAGUAGGAUAAUAAAAAAAACGAGUGAACCAGCAAGAAGUUGUCCUCCAUGCUCUGUGUGUCGAGUAAUAAUGUUUACUUAUUGACACUAUAAGGGAGCAACAUAACAUAAAUUGGCGACGAGUCGUGUAUUUCGGAAUACUUUUCAUCGACUGGCUGUGAAAGUUAAGUCAGCUUUGUGCAAGUUUUUGGACCGAAAUGAACACCCGCGUUUUUGGAUAGCUAAUGUGCUGAUCAAC